AUGAAUGAUCCCCUCCGGGUGAGAUACCAGUAUUAUCAGCCAGGGAGCUUUAUCAUUGGUGGGAUCACUUCCCAGAUCUUCUCAUUUUCAGAGGGUGCAGACUUCGAAACACAGCCAAAACCAAAGUAUGAUGUUGAACCUGUUGUGAUGGUGAAAAAAUAUCAGCAUGUCUUGUCCUUGGUGUAUGCUGUAAAAGAGAUCAAUGAGAACUGCAAGAUCUUACCCAACAUCACUUUGGGGUUCCAUAUCUAUGACAGUCACUUUGAUGCACAGAUAACUUACCAGAACACUUUGAAUCUUCUCUUUAAUCAGAAGAGGAUUGUUCUCAACUACAACUGUGAUAUGCAGAAAAAUCUAAUUGCUGUCAUUGGAGGCCUUGACUCUGAAACCUCAUUCCACAUAGCUACUGUCUUAGGCCUCUACAAGAUUCCACAGCUUCAUGCUUUUCUUAGGAGCAUCUCAUUCAACAACAGUGCUGGUGACAAAGUGUCCUUUGAUGAGAAGGGUGAAUUGUUAGCUGGAUUUGAUAUUAUCAAUUGGGUCACUUUCCCAAACAAAUCUUUCCUAAAAGUGAAAGUAGGAAGAAUGGAGCCUCAAGAACCACUGGAAGGACAGAUCUCCAUCAAUGAGACAAUGAUUACAUGGCACAACCAAUUGAACCAGGCUAUCCCCCUUGCCUUGUGUAAUGACUACUGCUAUCCAGGUUUCAGCAGAAAAAAGAAGGAGGGCAAGCCAUUUUGUUGCUAUGAGUGUCUUCCAUGUCCAGAGGGGAAGAUUUCAAAUGCGAUGGAUAUGGAUGAUUGUUUUGAAUGCCAAGAACAUAAAUAUCCUAAUAAAGAGAGAAACGAGUGCCUUCUGAAAUAUCUGAACUUUUUAUCUUAUGAUGAACCUUUGGGCAUCACUUUGGCUGUUUUGGCUCUGUCACUAUCUUCAACGACAGUGUUGGUGUUAGGAAUCUUUGUCAAGCACCGGAAGACUCCUAUUGUCAAAGCCAACAACCAGAACCUCACCUACACUCUGCUUGUCUCCCUCCUGCUCUGCUUCCUCUGCUCCUUGCUAUUCAUUGGCAAGCCUCAGACACUAACUUGUCAGUUACGACAAACUGCUUUCGGUAUCAUCUUUUCAGUAGCUGUUUCUUCUGUUUUGGCAAAAACCCUCACUGUGGUUUUGGCUUUCAUGGCUACCAAGCCAGGAUCCAAAAUAAGGAAAUGGGUGGGGAAAAGAUUCUCAAACUCUAUUAUUUUCAGCUGUUCAGUUAUCCAAGUAGGUAUUUGCAUGCUAUGGCUAUGUACAGACCCUCCCUUUCCAGAUUUAGACAUGCAUUCUCUUCCUGAAGAAAUUGUAGUGGAAUGCAAUGAAGGAUCAACCCACAUGUUCUACUAUAUUCUUGGUUACAUGGGAUUACUGGCUCUUGUCAGCUUUGUUGUGGCUUUCUUUGCUCGGAGACUGCCAGACACUUUUAAUGAAGCCAAAUUCAUCACUUUCAGCAUGCUGGUGUUUUGCAGUGUUUGGCUUUCUUUUGUUCCAACGUUUCUGAGCACCAAAGGAAAAUACAUGGUGGCUGUGGAGAUCUUCUCUAUCUUGGCCUCCAGCGCAGGGAUACUGGGUUGUAUUUUCUCCCCUAAAUGCUAUAUAAUUGUCCUCAGACCUGAACUGAACAGUAAAGAGCAGCUAAAAAAGAGAAAUAACUAA